AAGUUUCCAAGUGAAUUGCUGCUUGGGUCGAGCUCUCGUUCCUUCUCUCCUCCGAGGAAUGAUGAGGUGAUUCGGAGCACCAACAAUGGGACCGAGCAUGUAUUGAUGCUUGCCACGCAGAACCUAAACUCAAAAGCAACCCUGGACCUUCAGAACGUGGAGGAGAAGUAACUCCAAAACGUCUCGCUGUUUCAAGGAUGUUCUUCCCAGAUGUGCCUCUCUCAGCCAUCAAUUACGCGCUCGUGUUGGGAAUAACGUGUCUGACGGUCUUCUGCAACUUCACCAAAAGUUCCUCUGAGUUUUCAGAUUACCUAUCCAAAGUGUUGAGGAACUACACCGAGCAGGCUUGUGACGGCGACUUCCUGUCGGUCCGCUGCCCGCCUCGCACCACCAUCACCGUCCAAUCGGCUUUCUACGGCAGGAAAGGCCCCUCCCACCCCCAGCAGUGCCCGUCCUACCAGAGAUACACCCUUGUAGGGACACACCCACUGGAGGAUGACACAUAUUGUUACAUGUCCACUGCACUACAGAAAAUGUUGGAUGAGUGCCAGGACAGGAGGAUCUGUCAGGUCCUUGUCAACAGUCGUCUCUUCGGGAUGGACCCGUGCCCCAGUAGCAGCAAAUACCUCAUUGUGUGGUACAAAUGCAUGCCUAAUGAGUAUAAGAGUACGGUGGUGUGUGAGGAGGAGAGGAUGAAGCUGAGCUGUAAACAGGGGAUGCAGAUCGCCGUCUACUCUGCCAUGUUUGGUCGAACCCAACAGGGGACCCUGGAGUGUCCUACCCACCACAGGGCACCCUCCGUAGACUGCCAGUCGGGCGUGGCUCUCCAAGUGCUGAUGGCCCGUUGUCAGGGGAAACGGAGCUGUUUGGUCCGGGCAUCCACGCGAGAGUUCGGGGACCCCUGCUACUCUGGCACCAGGAAAUACCUCAGUGUCAUCUACACCUGUGUCCCAAAGAAUUUGCUGCAGCAGGUGCCCAGCCCCAGAGUACCAGUGUUUUACCCCCCAUCGCCCGGGGCCCAUGACCCAAACGUGGUUGGAGACAGUGCUCCCCCUGAUGAGACGUCGGGCAUAACCUCUGACACUGUGCUCUCAGUUAUCCCUUCAGGCAAGAAGAAGCGAGGGAGAGAGUCAGGCUCCUAUUCUGGGGAGGUGAAGACGAACGAGGAAGGAGUGGAGGAGAGCGCCCCCCAGCCUCCGGACAUGAACCCUGUAAUCAACUCUACGACGGUCAGCACCAACAUGGCCCUCAUCAGUAGCACACUGGCAGCCUACAACUACAUAGCAGACCACCCAGAGCGUGCAGCUCUCUACUUCCUGUGUGGCGUGUGCCUGGGCCUCUUCUUUACCCUCUUUGCUCUGGUCGUCCAGAUCUCAUGCCGCACCGACUGCCAACCCCGCCGUCGCCCCGGCACCACCACCAAGAAGCGUCCGCGGCCCUCCGACUCCUCAUCCGACUCCAGAGACUCUGACUCAGACACCACGUCAGACCUGUCGGCCCGCCGCCACCGCCGUUUCGAGCGCACUCUCAACAUGAAUGUAUUCACAUCAGCGGAGGAGCUGGAGCGAGCUCAGCGGCUGGAGGAGAGGGAGAGGAUCAUACGAGAGAUCUGGAUGAACGGUCAGCCGGACAUACCCGGGACGCGCAGCCUCAACCGCUACUACUGAGGCAGGACCGUAAAGGAACCUCUACUAGAUCUAGAAAUGGGGGGUGGGGGCUGUGAAGGUUGGAGCGCAGUACUUGAGAUGGGAUGUGUAGGACCACAAAUGGACCUCUGGGUUUUGGGAAUGGGGCCCCAUGACCUGACGGGGACCUGCGAAGGUUUGGAACCCUCUAUCUGGGUAUCUCCCUCUGUCAGUCUGUGUCCAUGUGGGUACUCUAGACCAGGGCUGCCCAACCCUCUUCCUGGAGAUCUACUGUCCUGUAGGUUUUCAGUCCAACCCUCUUCCUGGAGACCUACUGUCCUGUAGGUUUUCAGUCCAACCCUCUUCCUGGAGACCUACUGUCCUGUAGGUUUUCAGUCCAACCCUCUUCCUGGAGAUCUACUGUCCUGUAGGUUUUCAGUCCAACCCUCUUCCUGGAGAUCUACUGUCCUGUAGGUUUUCAGUCCAACCCUCUUCCUGGAGACCUACUGUCCUGUAGGUUUUCAGUCCAACCCUCUUCCUGGAGACCUACUGUCCUGUAGGUUUUCAGUCCAACCCUCUUCCUGGAGAUCUACUGUCCUGUAGGUUUUCUGUCCAACCCUCUUCCUGGAGAUCUACUGUCCUAUAGGUUUUCAGUCCAACCCUCUUCCUGGAGACCUACUGUCCUGUAUGUUUUCAGUCCAACCCUCUUCCUGGAGAUCUACUGUGCUGUAGGUUUUCAGUCCAACCCUCUUCCUGGAGAUCUACUGUCCUGUAGUAGGUUUUCAGUCCAACCCUCUUCCUGGAGAUCUACUGUCCUGUAGGUUUUCGAUCCAACCCUAAUUUAGCAUAUCUGAUUCAGCUAGUUAAGAUCUUGUUGAGCAGCUAAUUAGUAGAAUCAGGUGUGUUAAAUUAGGGUUGGACUGAAAACCAACAGGACAGUAGGUCUCCAGGAAGAGGGUUGGACUGAAAACCUACAGGACAGUAGGUCUCCAGGAAGAGGAUUGGACUGAAAACCCACAGGACGGUAGAUCUCCAGGAAGAGGGUUGGUCUGAAAACCUACAGGACAGUAGGUCUCCAGGAAGAGGAUUGGACUGAAAACCAACAGGACGGUAGAUCUCCAGGAAGAGGGUUGGACUGAAAACCUACAGGACAGUCGGUCUCCAGGAAGAGGAUUGGACUGAUAACCAACAGGACAGUAGGUCUCCAGGAAGAGGAUUGGACUGAAAACCCACAGGACGGUAGAUCUCCAGGAAGAGGGUUGGUCAGCCCUGGUAUAGAGUAAAGACGCCUCUGUUUUUGCAGUGAGAAUAAGCUCCUCCUUGUCAGCAUGGUAAGCUGGACCGGAGCCCGCCUGUCAUUGGUGGAGGCUGAAGGUGGAAGGUCAUUUAACUGCACAGCCUCGCAUUUGACCUCCUCACACCCUUCUGAAGUGGAGGAUCUUGGGAUACUUAGGCUGUAAAGCCUGAAAGGUGAUUUAAGAGCGUCUGCUAAAUGACUUAAAUGUAAAUGUAAAUUUAAGGACAGUUGCUAAUGUUACUCCACUGUUGCCUAGUGGAUACUGAGAAUUGGGCAGCUUGAUUCAUGCUCACUCACCCUUCAGUAUUUAAAUGGGUGAAUGGUUUUCGGAGAGGCAUAGCACUUACAGUGAAAUGCACAGCGUAACACUUAAGAGGGAAAUGACCACGUUCAACCGACGCUGCCUUUUAAACUUUGAACUCAAAAUGUGUUUUUUUUUUUGGAAUUCAUCUCAAACCCUUUAUGAAAUAUAUUUUAUAUAAUAUUUAAAGUCUUUUUUGUUAUUGUGUAUUUUUUUUCUUUACAUUUAUUAUUAUGACAUAUUUUUAUACUGUGGCGAUUGAAGCUUUUCUGGCACCUCAGGGAUGCAAUCCUAGGUGUAUGUCCAAGAUGGCACCCUAUUUGUUUUAUAGUGCACUCCUUCUGGCUAGAGCUCUGGUCAAAGGUGGUGCACUACAUAGGGAAUAGGGUGCCAUUUUGGACAGAACCCCUAGUGUUUCUGUGUAUGGUCGUUUCUAUUUGCUUCCUAAGAAGGGGAUCAGGGCCUGUAUUUAGCAAGUGUCUCAAGAGUAUGAGUGCUGAUCUAGGAUCAGGUUACCCCUCCCCCUGUCCAUGUAAUCUUGUUCAUUAUGAUCUAAAAGGCUAAACUGAUCCUAGACCAGGACUCUUACUCUGAGACUUUAUGAAUUCAGGCCCAGUAUAAUGCUCUAGAUGUGUCAGCAUAAAAAAUAUAUAUAUAAAAAAAAUACAAUGUAAACUCAGAGGUCAAGUGAUUUAAUAAGCUUGUUUUUUACAUGUUAUAAUAUUCACGGUGCAGUGCCUUACCUGGCAACAAGGAUGUAUAUUGGUGGAAAAGAAAACCCCAGUCACCUGAGUCAACCAAUCAUUAUGAAUUUAUGAAACAAUCAAUUCCAAUCAUGUUUAUUUCCAUGUUUCUCAUGUUAUGUUUCUCACUUUGUCAAACUGGCUUGUGUGUGUGUUGUCCAUGUUUAAAUGGUGAGGCAGGUCCCAGAUAAUGUUGUGCUGUGUCAUGCCAAUGGCCAUAAAGACUUGAUAAGACAGUAAAACAGAUCUAGGAUCAGCUAGGAAAUGGCUCAAAUCUAUGUACAUUUUUUUCAAAUACAUUGCAAUUGUUAUCAUGUAGGAAUGUAUGUACAGUACAGAACACAAUCUCUUCAAUUGUCUACCAGUGAAAUAGCUUCCAAAUUAUUACUGUGGGCAGCAAGACUAGUGUUGUCCCUCAUGGGACACCAUAGGACUAUCUGUCAGGUUUAUUGUAAUGACCAUGUUGUUAAUAUAAGUUAUAUUCAUCCAGUUCUGUUGCACUGGGUUGAACUAUAGGUAUCAUGGUUUAUUAUAAGAAGUUUGGGAUUUUCUUGACUGAGAGGGGAGUUGAGAAUGCAGUGAAUAAUCUUCACUUCAACUGCAAUCAUUUAAAUGCUUUUAUAUUGAAAAAGCUGUUUGCGUUUCAAUGGGACAAAACAAUAUGGCAAUAGCUGGUGAGACCAAAAUAUGACUCCUUCGCUUGGAAUAAACUGUGUUGAAAAU